CCGAAGGCGUGAUCGUCCACAAGGUCUCGCUAUUUCUCGCGAGACGAUAUGUUACGUAGCAGCUUUUCAUACACCUCCAAACCAACUAACCUUCCGAGAACGGUGUUAUAUACUGUGUGUUCAAGAUACUUAACAGCAAAUCAAAUCGCCCUGCAAGUGCUUUACCCUCGCUUGUCAAUGUCGUCCGAACCUCAUAUGUCGGCCAGCACCCACACAACUAAGCCUGCAGAACACAAGUGGAGGCUGAGUUAUGUCACCGGGGACCUGUUCUCCUGCCCUGCGCGUGAAGCUCUGGCCCACUGCAUCAGCGAGGACAUCCGUAUGGGGGCAGGCAUAGCUGUGGAAUUCAGAAAGAGGUUUCAAGGGGUGACUGAGUUAAAAGAGCAAAAAAAAGUGACAGGACAGUGUGCCGUACUGAAAAGCGAUGGACGCUUUGUCUACUAUCUGAUCACAAAGAAAAAGGCAAGCCAGAAACCCACCUAUGACAGCCUGAGACAGAGCCUGGAGGAUAUGAGGUCACAUUGCCUGAAGAACCAAGUAUCAAGAAUAUCGAUGCCUCGUAUCGGCUGUGGCCUGGAUCGACUCAAGUGGACGAGCGUGUCAGAGAUACUGGAUCAGGUCUUCAAACACACAGACAUCUCCAUCACAGUUUACAGUCUUCCUCAGAAAGAAGAGACCACAGUGAUGAAGGAAAACAGACGCAGAUGAUUCAUGGAAAUGUUAAUUAUUGAAAUACUGAUGUAUAUGAAGCCAAGGAGAUUUUUUUUUGUCAAAGUUGGAAACAUGUUAUUUUCUCUGUUAAAUAAAAUAAAGCUUUCUUUUUAUAAAAGAACCCACAUAAGCUCAUA